GAAAGAAAAAAAGUUUGGUUAUCGAUAUAUUGCUUAAAAUAUUACUUUACAAAAGGGAUGUUCUCAUAAAUGGUCUGUGCACUGCAUUUCAUUCAGCAUUAUGGUUAACUACAGAUUCGUUUUCUCUGUAGUACAAUGUGUGCAAGACCACAGACAAUGAUCUCAUCAACCUAUACACAGAUAAUUAAAGAAGUAUGUCUUAUGUACAUGCAAUCAUGGUAUUUAAAGGCAAUUCAACAUUGCAUGUAAUAAUAACUUAAGUAAUUAAUCCCUCUGCAUCUUUAGUGACUCAGCAUCUCUGUUAUGGUCUUAUAGGCCUACCUGGACAUUCACAUUGGCUGAUCAGUAUAAUUUUCUUUUGAAAUGUUCCUCUCUGUGCCAUUUUAGAUUAUUCGGAUGUUUAUUGCAUUUCAUUGGUCUUGUCCUAAGUUAUUUGAGAUAUGUUGCAUUCAGAGCUCUAAAUUAACUUUUUUCAUCACCAGCCAACAUGGUUGGUAGAUGUUAAUCUUACUAGCCAAGGACACCCACUCUAACUGCUGCUAAGUGGCUGCUAAGUUGUUUUUUUCUACCAGCCAAAAAGAAAUUUCACCAGAAUUUGGAUGGAUGGCUGGUGUUAAUUUAGAUCCCUGGUUGCAUUUAUCAAAUCUGAAGCACAUAUGUUCUCCAAAACAAUAUUUUAUCUCGGUUUUAACAUUUGAUAGGUUGCCUUUCACAAUUCCCCAUCUAGUGUAUGGACCAAAUGUCUUGAAAAUGCUAAUAGUUUGAUUUUUAUCAAAAUUCACCAGUUUGGGUUUGUGCCUAAUAAAUUAAACCACCGGUCUGCCAUUUCUGCAGAACCACAUGGGAGUAAAUUGUUACGCUAACUGUGUCAAUGAAUUUACAUAAUUUAAAUGUUAAUAGUCUACUACAAUCUGUUUAGGGGUUGAUUUGCAAAUAUCUAUCGCCUUGCAUUUCACAGGAAGGUAAUGUCUGAUUGGUGGGUUCUCCUCCACUGUGUACAUCACUCUGUCUUGGCAACUUUACGCCAUUUGAACUGCUGGGACCUCACAAGCUGUGGCCUUUCUGUUUUGCACUUCCAUAACACACCUCUACUGUAUAUGUUGCCUAUUGAAACAAACACGUCAAUUGUCCAUUCCUGCCAUGAUGAGAUGUUUGCUUUUCAGUAGGCGAUAUGGUUCCCGGAAUCUGUUACCAUAACCAUGAGGGCUGAUGAUCACAGAAGGGGGUGGUCCUAAAUAUCAUUUUCCGACCCAAGAUCCAGUUGACAAUGAGAGGAUCCACGUUUCCGUGGUCUCUUCUGGCUAGAAGCUUACCGCCGUUACGCAACACGUUGAACAUGUUCCAGCACUACAACUAGUGGCAAUAAAAGAUCUGUUGUCACACUGUAGACCUAUACACUGUUUGAUAUGAACUUCGCACCCUUCCAUUGUCCACAGUUCGCUCAAUUCACAUGUUGCAUGCGGGCGCAUAUCCAUCUCUCGGUGGCGAACUACGUGAUCAACCAGCGAAAUUUACGCGCAAAUAGCCAACACUGUCGAGGUUGCCGAACGUGUCCAUCUCGGUUUCGAGUCAUGCAAAUUCUGAACGAGGAGCAACUCAAGAUGGCAGAGCCAUUGCUACGAGAGCGUCUCCCUCAGUCAUUGCAAGCAUAUGGCUACAUUUUUCAGAAGAACAGGGUGAAGUCAGACCAUAUAGAUGUACUAGUGGACCACUGGCCUGAUUUCAGAAUACUUGUCACUCGACCGCUGCGGGAAAAGGAGGAGGACUACUUCAAAGACAUGUGCAUUUACACUACAGAUAGGAAUGCACUGAGGGAAAUAUUGGAUAAGAAAGAAAUUGUCAGCUGGCAAAAAUAUCUCUGCAUAGGUACAAACUUGUGUCAUCAAGAAACAAUUAUGAGCGUAGCUGCAGCUAAUGGGGCAACUGGAAAUAUGGUGGCGUUGUGCCACGUGCUACGGUUGGAGGAACCCGCUCACCUGCCAGAAAUAUACAGCGCCAACAUACAAGUAUCCUCUCUUGACGAGUCACACAUCUCUCUGGUUAACGAAGCUUGGAAAUUUGGGAGAGGAGAGCACAGCAUGAAGUUCAUCAAGAACCUUGUCCGGAAUUUCCCCAGCUGUUGUGUUCUGGAUGACAACGGCCAACCGGUGGCCUGGAUUUUAACCUACGAUUACUCUGCUAUGGGAAUGUUAUACACAAUGCCACAGCACAGGAGGAAAGGCUAUGCGAAAAUCCUAAUCAGUGCUAUAUCAAAGAAGCUCUUUUACAUGGGUUACCCUGUGUUUUGUUUCAUAGAGGAAGAUAAUCUGUUCUCCCUUAACCUUUUUAAAAGUAUGGGAUUCAAAGAUGAACCCUCUUACCGAAAUGCCUGGUUUACGUUCAACCAGUUACAUUAAUUUCUUACGACAUUAACAAAAAAAUGUUUAAAUGAUAGUGGUUGCAUUUGGUUCUUAGUGAAAUGUGACAAUUUAAUUCCAGGUGUCCUUAUUGUUUUCCAAGAGAGCAAUGGAUUGAGAUUUUGUGAACACUUAAUGCAGUUUUCUCAGUUGUAUAAUAAUACAAGUUCUCUGCUA